AUGUUUGUCUGGAGCUACGUUAAAAAGUACGUUGGUAUGGGGUUACCGGAUCUCACGGAGGUGCGUGCGGAGCGCGAUGUACUACAGGCGCGCAUGUCGGAGCAGGCGCUCAAGAUAUCUUCUCUGUCGGCGCGCCUGCAGCAACAAAGGAACGACGCCGAAGCGCUGUCGCACCAAGCCACCAGCCAACUUUCUGUACAACUGCACGAUGCACUUGCUGAGGUGCAACGACUGAAAGAGGAAUUAGAAUCCAAGGACAAGCAGUUAAUACGAGUUAAGCAAAACUUAGAGGAGAGGGAGAAACUUAACGACCAACAUCACUCUUUGUACGGGAAUUCAUGUAAUCCAAAAGAUAAAGUAAUAAUAUUAGAACGUGAAUUGUCUAACGCACAAACGCGUAUCGCUAAACUGGAAUGUCUAACGAAGAGUCUUGAAAAAGAUAAAGAGGAACUACAAACUAGCAUCAGAGACCUUCAGAGAGGCCUGGCCGAGAAAGAGGAUCAGCUCCAAGAGCUGUUGGCGCUAAAGUUGGAAGAGGAUCAUCAAAAAGAAGAUAGAAACGAUGUUUUGGAAGGAAAAACUUCAGCGCGAACACUUAGCGAUAUAGUAUCAAUAUCAGAUUUCGAUGAACAAGACCUGCAAAUGCGCAGGGCGGAGAUGAGAGCACACAAUGUCAGUCUAACUGGUGCUCCUUAUAUAGAUAUAAAAGAAAGAACUUUAAACAGAACAUUACCAACGGAAUUUGGGAAGGCUAAUAUGAGCUCUCUUAACAUUGAAUUGGUUGACCAUUUCGAUAUACCGGGUUAUACGCCCCGAGCUGACUCAUUACCGGCUCAUUUGACUUCUACACAAAAUAGGGAUUUCCUCAAAGACUACAAGAGGAACGUCAAUGAAACGACAAUGUUUGGUAUUGACGUGAAACAUGCUCAAACUAUUCCGGACAAUUGCUCAAUGUACCCUAACAGAGAAGCGACUGACAGUAAAGACAUUAGCGUCGAGCCGAAAAGGAUAAACUUUUCCCUAGAAGCUACGGAUAACAAAACGCAUGAUGAAUUAAAUUCUUUGAGAGAACUCGGGAUAACAUUUGACUUAAAGCAACCAAACUUUCCGGAUGUGAUGUCUCAAUUGAAAUCUGAGAUAAAGAAAUCAAGAACUGAGCUGGAAAAUGCCAAAUCAGAGCUUAAGAACGCUGAAGAACAACUUUGUGAGUUUCCAGCUUUGAAAGAAGAAGUUGAGGAGCUGAAAAGUUUGUUAGAAAACACAAUGGCUACUAUGGCAAAUGAUAAGAAAUUUUACGAAAACCAACUAGAAAAUUUUACUUCGAACAAAAAACUUUUGGAACAAAGACUAACAGAACUUACUCAAGAAGUAAAUGAUAAAUCAAAAGAUUUACAUUUACUCAAGGAAGAUAUUCUAAGGCGAGAAAACAUGAUACUUGAACUAGCUAAAGAAAAACGAAAUCUCACAAACAAAAUGACUGAAUUAGAAGUUAAAAUAGAUGAGUUACAGAGUAAAAAUAGUGCACUAGAGAAACAUGAGAGUGAAAACCAUCAAAUGAGAGAAAAAAUAAAUGAGCUACAGAAACUACAUCAGUUAGUUUCUGAAAAGAACCAACAGAUUGACAGUUUGAACCAACAUUUGGAUAGGUUGGACGAUUUGCAAAGAAAUCUUAAUGAUAGAACUGAGGAACUAGACAAUAUUAAAGAGGCUCACGAAGAGAAAUCUAAUGAAGUGUUCCAUUUACAAGACACAAUUGAAGCGUUAAACCGUGACUUAGCGAAAGUCAACGAAGAGAAUGAUAAAUUGAAUGCUCACGCUAAGGAUUUAAUAUUGAAACUGACCAAACUUGAAAAGGAACAAGAAAACGCUUCGCUCAAACUUCAAAGCAACGAAUGUGAACUAGAACGCAUGAAUUCCUUAAAUCGUGAAUUGACAGCGAAAAUUGACGAACUAAAAUUACUGACAGACAAAUUGAAAGAUAAAGAAACAGAAAUAGAAAUUCUUCACGAAGACAUAAACGCAUUUCAUGAAGAAAUAGCAUCUUUAAAGGAACAGCUAAAGAUGGUAUCCCGUAGUCCUUCUCCUAGAAGUAAAAAUGGAGAAGAUAAGAAAUGUGUAGAUAGACAAGCAAGUAACGACAAAAAACAUUUGGUUAAAAUACGAAAGCAUGUAUCAUUAUUACAACAUGAGCUGGAUUUCAAUAAGAAAGAACUGAAUGAUAAGGCGUUUGAACUUGCAAAAGCGAAAUUAGACGUGACAGAACUGAAGAGCAACCUGAGUCAAGCCAACAAAGAGCUCGCAGACAGAGACAUUGACAAUGCCGAACUCAGACAACAAACUGAACAGCUGCACCAAGAGAUACGGCAGUUGAUGGACCAGAAAGAUCUGUUACAACAGCAGUUUGAAGCUGUGGUUUCUAGAAUGCGCGAGGAAUCGAAUGUCGGGGAACUGAAGAAUAAAUUGCGAGAAAAGGCUGAAAGGUGUCAGGAAUUAGAAGUUGAACUGGAAAAUCUCAGGGAACUUAUGGACAGGGUCCGCUCCCCUCCCCAGCAGGCCCCCUCCCCCGUGGCUCGCGCGCUGGCGGUGCGCUCUCCCACGGCCGAGCUGGAGCGUGCGCUGCGCGACCAGCUCGACUACUCGCACACCCUCGACGAGGACAUCAUGGAACAGAUAUUGUCUGCGAGCAGUGACGAAAGAGAAGACAUUCCGCGCCUAGCUUUGAACACGUCCAAGUCUUCAAGCUCAAUCCAUUCGUCAUCAUCAGACCGCAUGAACAGACUCAAAUCUGACAACGAGAAACUACAGAUGCAUGUCAACAACCUCGAAUCGAGACUCAAGGACAAAGAUGCUCUGAUAACUGAACUGAACAGGGUUCGCGACAAGCUGGUGUCGGACUGGCAGACGUGCAAGUUGCGGUACGAGGCGGAGCGCGACAACUCGGGCCGCCUGCAGCUGCUGCUCGACACGCACAAGGAGACCGCGGAGAGCUUGCAGAAUCAAGACUCCAACAUGAUCCAAAUCCUGAAGAAGCGUCUGGAGAGCGCCAUGGCCUCGGAGCUGGACCUGCAGCAGCGCGAACAGCAGGCGCGAGCCAGACUCGCGCAGUUAGAGAGGCAGCUGCUGGACCAGUCGCUCGAUAACAACCGGCAGGACCCGCUCAAAGCACAACUUAACCUGCAGAUUGAAACAAAUGACCGUCUAAAAGGGGAACUGUCUGUAUUGAAAUCUAAAUUGGAUGUAGAACGUAGCAGAUACCAGGAUCUUCAGGCCAUGCUGGACCACACCCGACUACAUUCACAGAAAGAGAUAGAAGCUAAGAACGAACUGUGCACUUCGCUGAAAAAUGAACUUGCUGAAAUUAAAAGAGUGAAGCACGAGUCCGGCAAGCAGCUGGCCCGCGCCAAGCAGCUCAUCAGCACGCAGGCCGCCGCGCUCGCCGACCUCGAGCUGCGCCUCGGCGACUCGGCCCGCCGGCCCGUCGCCGCAGCGCUGACUGAAAUUGAAAACACGAAAACCGAAUUGAAUCGAGAAUUGGCAUCCUUGAAGAAAUGCCUUCUCGACUCCAACAACCCUGAACUGACAAGCCUGAGGCAGGAGAAGCAACAACUCACCGCCAAGGUGGAUAAGCUGGAGAAGGAGGCACAGGCUAAGAGCCAACCUCAACCCGACGAGAAAGACCAAGCUGUAACAUGGGCGAUGCAGGACGUCUCACUGAAUGUAGAGGGGCUAUCACGGUACUUGUAUACAAAACCUAAAUACAAAGUUACUUACAGUCACUCAGGCCUAGCGUACGUAAAUGGCAGAAGUUAA